AUGAUUUCUAUUGGGGGCGUCAUCGGAACUGGACUCUUCGUAGGAUCCGCUGAUGCAAUACGGAACGGAGGUCCUGUCGGGGCUAUUCUCGGAUAUUCCAUAGUCGGCACAGUCGUGUACUGCCUGUGCGUGUCCGUCGGGGAGAUGAUCGCUUUUCUGCCAAACGUCGGUGGUGUAGUCGGCCUAGCCGAUCUGUAUGUAGAUCCUGCACUCGGUUUCUCGCUGGGGUGGGCAGCAUGGUACAACUGGAGCGUCACUCUGCCCACAGAGAUUACUGCUGCUGCAGUUGUCAUUGGAUAUUGGAAAGAUGACAUUGCCAAAAGCAGGUACGAGAGGCUUGUCAUUGCAACAACGAUCAAUUGUUUCCCUUCUCGAGUCUAUGGCCAAAUGGAGUAUACGCUGUCUUGUCUGAAGGUCCUCACCAUUGUCUGCGUUAUCAUACUCGGGUUGCUCAUCGACCUCGGAGCAUCUAAACAGGGGGUCAUUGGGUUCAGAAAUUGGAAGGAACAGCCCUUCACAGACAAGUACCUGGGGAUUGGAGGUCCUAAAGGCCAGUUCCUAGGAUUCUGGGCGGUCAUCAUGCAGGCGUCCUUCUCAUUCUUCGGUUCCGAGGUGCCAGGAAUUGCUGCCGGAGAAGUCGUCGAUGCGACACGGAACGUCCCACGCGCUCUGCGCAAGGUUUGGAUCAGGAUCACGUUAUUCUACGUCGGCGGAGUGUUGGUCUCCGGUCUUUUAGUCCCAGCGAGCGACCCCAACCUCGGCCUCGGCGACGAAGGCGACAAGACAGGUCGAUCUUCUCCAUUCGUCAUCGCUUUCUCACGCGCGGGAUGGACUGUGCUCCCGGACAUGAUCAACGCAGCAAUCCUGCUCUCGGCCUGGUCUGCGGCUGCGUCGGACAUUUACAUCAGCAGCCGGUUCCUGUUCUUCCUGGCCCGCCGCGGACACGCACCCACCUUCCUCGCACACCUGUUCAGGUACCCUCGGGCACGAGCCGUGCCCCAAAGCGACAGGGGGUCGGAUGAUGACAGCGAUGAUAGCGAACAGGUCCUCCCCUCCUCUCAACCCACCUACGUCAUGCCGCUCGCGAGCGUGCUCGUCUCCGCGUCCGUCGGUCUCCUCACGUUCCUCAGCUAUGGGGCGGGCAGCGCGAACACCGUCUUCAACUGGCUGGUGAACGUCGCAAGCGUCGCAUCGCUGCAAUCGUGGGCGGGAAUGCUGUUCACGUACAUCAGGUGGCACCAAGGGACGGUGUUUCAUGAGAAGAAGUGGGAAAAGGACGAGUCGGAGGAAGGGAGGGAAGCCAUGGCGCAGAUUGCGAAGAUCAAAGAGAACAGGAACUGGGGACAGCCAUACCUGGCUUGGUACGCGCUCAUCCUGUGCAUGGUCGUGCUCUUUACGAAUGGAUGGGCGGUCUUCGUGCAUAACAACUGGAGGAUCGCGAACGCCCUGGGACAAAAGUCCCCAGACUCCAAUGCGGUGUCACAGUUCCUCUCCGCGUACAUCCCUCUGCCCUUCUUCUUGCUAUUGACGUAUGGUUACAAGCUGAUCAAGCAGACGGAGAUGAUACCGCUGGAGAAGAUGUCGUUCUACCGAGGCGACCUGCCCCCACACAACCCGGCGGACGAUGAACCACAAGGGCCGCUUGAGAGGUUACUCGCGUGGCUUUUGCUCAUCUAA